GGUGGCUUCCUGGUAUGCGUAAUGACUGUUUGCAGGCUGGGUCUGGGGGGGUUGGCUACUCUGCAGAGCAGUUCUGCUGACUGCGGUAGAGAGGAACUACCUCAGUGCGUCAGCACUCUGAAAUGAAUGAAGAAAAAAAACAAAUCAAUCAGAGUGACUGCAGAGGGAAAGAGGAAGAGAAGACUCUACACACUUUCUAAUCCUGAUCUUUUGCGUAGCUGUCCUUACAUGCGCUAGUGACCGGGAGCACAUGCUCUGUAAGAUGUGAAGUACUCCCUAUCCCCCAACCGGUGCUAUAAAUCAAGAUGACCUUCCUUCUUUUCUUCCUCUUGGUCCUCUCCAAGAGCCGAGCUGACAGCUUUGAAGAGGCAUACAGUGACCUGGAACACUACAGGACUAUAUACAUCUCAGAAAAUGGCCCCAGACUCUCAGUUGACACAGCUCAACCCAAAAUAAUCUCUCAACGUGGAGGCAACGCCACACUGCAAUGCAAGUUCAAUCGGGAUCCCUCAUCUCCCCCAAAUCCCAAACUGAGGAUUAAAUGGACUAAACUGACUUCAGACUAUCUGAAGGAAAUUGAUGUGUUUGUAGCUAUGGGCUUCCACAAAAAGAGCUAUGGUCGAUUCCAUGGCCGUGUACACCUGCAGGCUGCCAGCAAGAAUGAUGCCUCAUUAGUUAUCACUGACAUCACUCUGGAGGAUUAUGGGAAAUACAAGUGUGAAGUCAUCGAUGGCUUGGAGGAUGAUACAGCAGUCGUAUCCCUUGACCUGGAAGGCAUUGUGUUUCCAUAUUUUCCUCGACUGGGUCGUUACAACCUGAACUUCGCUGAUGCUGAGAAAGCUUGCCGAGACCAGGAUGCCAUUGUGGCAUCUUUUGAUCAGCUGUACGAUGCAUGGAGAGAUGGGUUGGAUUGGUGCAAUGCAGGGUGGCUCAAUGAUGGAUCGGUGCAAUACCCCAUUACCAAACCCAGAGAGCCAUGUGGAGGCAAAAACACCAUUCCUGGUGUGAGGAAUUAUGGGAUGCGUGACAAGCAAAAGGAAAGAUAUGAUGUCUUCUGUUUCACCUCUAACUACAAAGGACGUUUCUAUUAUUUGAUACACCCUUUCAAACUUACGUAUGACGAGGCAGUGCGGGCAUGUCAAAAGGACGGCGCUCACAUUGCCAAAGUUGGGCAGAUGUACGCAGCAUGGAAGCUGCUGGGCUACGACCGCUGCGAUGCAGGCUGGCUGGCAGACGGCAGUGUACGUUACCCAAUCUCAAGACCACGCAGACGCUGCAGUCCCACGGAGGCUGCCGUACGCUUCUCUGGUUUUCCAGACAAGAAGCACAAACUCUACGGCGUCUACUGCUACAAGAGCGACAAAUGAGUGUACCAACUGUAUAACUCAAGAACUAUGCGUUAUAAUGUAAGGAGUUAGUUUGAGUGCAUUAAAACUGUGACAAAGUCUCUAGAUACUGUAAUACAGAAGGAUUUAAAUAUAAAAUAAGUGAUUGGUGUUUGUUUGAAGCAAAGAUUCUGUAGAAUUAGGCACCUCAGGCACCCUCUUCUCUCAAAAUCAGGACUUCGCUACAAGACGGCAACAGGACAGGAAUAGUAUUCAUUGGGUGCUGCAGAAAUUAUAGCUCCAGGUUCCAGGUCUGAAUGAUCUUAUACAGUACAGCAGUGCUGAAGGAAGAGAUAUUUGGUGAGACUGCAGAAGAAAUUCACACUGUGCUCUUCCAUUUAGCAUGCAGUAGCUUGAGGGAUGUUCUAGAACAGAAUGACAGCAAAGCUUGCAUACUUUGACCUGAUACCUUUGGGCACUUAGUUUAUCAUUCAAGAACAUCAUAUCCCAUAUAAAUAGCAUGUGAAGGAAAGGAAAACAAAUUCAACGAAAGUGCUAAACACCAUGCAGUACAGCCAUGGCACAAUGAGAAUUUUUUUCUUUUGCCAUCCUUACAGGGUGCUAUAUUGUAUUAUUUUCUAAAAACAUACCUUUUUAAAUUUAGUUUUAUGUGUGGACCAAACCAUGUUGAGUCAUAAGUCGCAUUGUUCUGUGAUUUUUUUUUUAACUAUUGAAAUAUACAAGUAGAGUGUUUAUAAAUGUGUUAAUUAUCUUUUUCUUGAAACUAUGUGUUUAUACAAUGUCUCCCCUAAAACGCAAUGUAAGAAAUUCAGAGCUCCAAUGUAUUGACCUCAUCACUGUCAAACGUCUUUGUGUUCAGGAUGAUGAAGAAAUCUGUGGUUCAUACUACAGACAUUAUAACAAAACCAUUGUUUUUCCAAAAGUAAAUCUUGGUUUGUUUUCUAGAACUUGUUAUUUAGUAUUUCUGAUCAAUUCAUGAAACCACAGAAGACCUAUCCUCAAACAUAGCCUGUGGCAAUGUUGCCAAAUGUUAAUACAAAAAUGUUAAUAAAAAUUAGUUUACUAGAAGUUGUGUGAAAGAAAGCACACAGCGCAGUCUCUAGCACAUGUGAUGAGUAGUUUUAGCCUAUGCAUGUUACUGUUUACAAAUAGCAAGACAGAGGUGCUUAAAAAGACAACAGUGCUAAUGAUCAUGUUGUGUUACUUAGUAAAAGAAAAACAGCACAAUGAACUUAGUUUUCUAUUGUUGAAAACAAAAAGACCUUACAGGAAAAGGUGUACUCAAAGAUGAUGCAAAAAAUAAUGGCAAAACAAAAAAAGUGCAUAGUUAGCAUGCUGCAUUCAGUCGUUAUUUAUCUGUGAAGCAGUAGACCUUCAGAAAAACAUGUCAAAGCCAUGGCAUUCGGAAACAAACCUUUAAAACAGACUGCCAAGCUAAGACAAAAACAACUUGAUUCUUGUUAUCAUUAGCAUUAGGGUCAACACAGCCAGUUUAGAACUCAAGGUCAUGAGUUUUAGCCACUACAUUAAAUGACCAGCUCCACCAAAAACGAAAAAAAAAAAAAAAAAAAAAAAGGAAAAAUACACAAAGGUCUAAAUAUCGGUGGUGUUUAAAAAUACGGUAUUCACAUUCGUUUCAUUAUUCAUUUUGUUUUGACUCUGGCAACUGUUCAUUUGCCUUGUUUACAAAACUUCAAUUGAAUGUUUAGACGUCUUUACAGGCAAUGUUAACAUUUUCACCCUUGUUUUGUGUACAUAAAGUAUAAUUAAAAGGAUAUUUUGACUGUAUCAAUGUGGAAAAAAACCCUUGACCCAAAAAAUAAACAAUCAGUCAAAUACA